GUCCAACGGCCCAGAAGACGUGGGACGUGCAGUGGUUACGGCAUGCGCCUCGCUUCCGCAACGUCUUCGUUCUUUGCGAGCCCGGACUACUACGAGAGGCUGGGCCGCCUCCAACAGGGGCUGCGGGAGAGUGAAAAGAAGAGAUUGGACCUGGAAAAGAAACUUUAUGAGUAUAGUCAGUCUGAUAUAUGCAGAGUUAAGUUGAAGUAUGUAAAGCUAAAGAAAUACCUCAAGGAAAUAUGUGAGUCAGAAAAGAGGGCUCAUACUCGAAACAAAGAAUAUUUAAAGCAGUUGGAGUGUAUCCAAGCUCAUGUUGGACACUUUACCACAAAUACAGAGAAGCUUCAAGAACUCAAGAUUGAGUAUGAGACUCAAAUUAAGGAGAUGCAGCUACUCUCAAAAGGUAGAAAAGGUGAACCAAAAAAUGAAGACAGAGAAAAGGAAAGAUUAAGUCCAGAGAACAGAACCACUGAUUUAAAAUGUGACAGUUCCAGCCCAUCAGAGGGAUCAGAGGGAGAAAUACUGACACAAGAAUAUACUGAAGUCAAGGAAGAAAGAGCCAGACUACCCGUCUCUCCGAUCUCAGUCUUAGAAUACUGUGCAUCUGGAAAUAAGUGUUCUCAAGAGAAGCAUUCUGCUGGGGAAGGUUUCUCAGAUCAUUGUCCUCAUGGGGACCCAGAAUCACAGAAACCCUUCAGAAAAGUACAGGAAGAGCAGGAGGAGGAAAGUUUGAGGAGCAGCAGUGACCUCACAGGUUCUGUAAGUGAAGAUGAUCUGAUUUUAAAGAGUCCAGAACCACAACGAAAUCCAGAUGACAUGAUGGAGGGAGAAGAUGGAAUAGAGGCCUUAAAAUUAAUCCACUCUGAGCAAGAAAGAGAUGCCCCAUCCACUGAAAAACAUAAUUUUAUUAUGCAAACCCUAAUUUCUCCUGAUUCAAAAAAGGAAUCCUCUACUAACUCACCAACAAGAGAGCUCUAUAAUCAUAGUGACAUUCUGAAAGAAGACCUUGAAGAUUGCAGACCAGCUGUCCUUCACCAGCUUCUGAGACUCUCGCCUGGGGGUGGCACUGAUGAAAAGCAAGUCAGAUCUGAACAAGCAUGCGCCUUGAGCUUAUUAAGGGCACAAUUAGGUCAGCAUGUUUCCACCUUGAAAGAACAUGAUAAUUCUGCCAAAGAAGAAAUAGGUAAACUGUCUGAAGUUUUCCUAGUCAAAAAUGUGGACCAGGGGACAAAGGCGCCAUUAUUAUUGAAAAGAGUCCCUACAGAAGAGUGUGAGGGUAGGUCGGCUUUUCACAGUAAUGAAUCAUCUUGCAGCUUGCCAUCUAUUCUGAAUGACAAUACUGGAAUAAAGGAAGCAAGACCUGCUCUUUGGUUCAACAGAGUUCUUACAAGGGAACAAGAAGUUCCAAGUGGCUGCAGAGAUGAGAGCAAGGAAGAAAGCAUGGUAGUGAAGAUUCCAAUCAUGGAAACAAAAGGCUACCAGUUGCUGAAGCAGUCUGCCCUUGAAUAUAAUACCAAUCAAACUGAAGACAGAUUCCAAAAGGAUGCCUCUGCAUCACAACUGUCAGGUUUGAACAUUGGUAGCGGUACAUUGAAGAUAAAGACAACUAACAAAAUUAUUUCAGAAGCUAGUUUUUCAUCUAGCGAAGGAAGUCCUUUGUCAAGGCAUGAAAACAAAAAGAAACUAACUACCAACUUAAAAUCUAAAGCCUUCUGUAUUGAGUCUGAUGACAGUAACUCAGAAAUUGAAGCUGCUCUACGUCCUAGAAACCAUAGCACAUCCACUGAUGAUUUUGAUGAUUUUUAUGACUAAUAAGCUAUAACAGUUGUUGAAAUAAAAUCUUUAAACAAAUUGAAA